AGAAAAUGGACUAUGAAUAUAAGCUAAAAACUGCACAGGAACGAGCAAAAGUAGAAGAUUUAUUUGAAUUCGAAGGUUGCAAAGUUGGCCGAGGUACAUAUGGCCAUGUCUACAAGGCGAAAAGAAAAGACAGGAGUGUGUCGACAAACGAUGGACGAGAAUAUGCACUUAAACAGAUUGAAGGCACUGGAAUCUCCAUGUCAGCAUGCAGAGAAAUAGCACUUCUACGGGAAUUACGACAUCCAAAUGUGAUUAGUCUGCAAAAGGUUUUCCUCUCUCACCAGGACAGAAAAGUAUUUUUACUGUUUGAUUAUGCGGAACAUGAUCUUUGGCAUAUAAUUAAGUUCCACCGGUCAGCCAAGGCCAGUAAAAAGCCAGUGGAUGUACCAAGGAACAUGGUCAAGUCUUUAUUGUUCCAGAUUCUUGAUGGAAUUCACUAUUUACAUGCUAAUUGGGUACUACACAGAGAUCUGAAACCAGCAAACAUACUUGUAAUGGGUGAAGGGGUUGAAAGAGGAAGAGUGAGGAUUGCAGAUAUGGGAUUUGCUAGGUUGUUCAACUCUCCUUUGAAACCACUUGCUGACCUUGACCCAGUGGUGGUGACAUUCUGGUACAGAGCCCCAGAACUACUCCUUGGUGCUAGACAUUAUACAAAAGCAAUUGAUAUAUGGGCCAUUGGUUGUAUAUUUGCUGAGCUGUUGACAUAUGAACCAAUAUUUCACUGCAGACAAGAAGAUAUAAAAACUAGCAAUCCCUAUCAUCACGAUCAACUUGAUCGAAUAUUCAAUGUCAUGGGAUUUCCUCUUGAGAAAGAUUGGGAAGAUAUCAGGAAAAUGCCAGAACACCAAACACUUAUGAAGGAUUUUAAAAGAUCUAUAUAUGUGAACUGUACAUUAGUAAAGUAUAUGGAAAAACAUAAAGUGAAGCCAGACAGUAAACAGUUCCACUUGUUACAGAAACUACUAACGAUGGACCCGACAAAGAGGAUAACGUCGGAGCAGGCAAUGAAAGAUCCCUAUUUCAUGGAGGAUCCUUUACCUUCACAAGAUGUUUUUGAGGGCAAGGUGAUUCCCUACCCUAAGCGUGAAUUCCUGACAGAUGAUGACGAUGAUAAGGCAGACACAGGGGCCAGUAAAGUUGGGGACAAGGGAGGUGCUGAUCAGUCAUCGGGACACAACCAGCCGCCAGCGAAGCGUGUGCGGGUGAUGCCGCCUGCGACAACGACGAGUACUUCAAUGGUAACUAGUGACUACCAGCACAUGCAUAAUGUUCAAGGAGGCAAUCAACAGGGAAUGACCUUCACCUCUGGAAACCACUCGCAGACAUCAACAUCCACAACAUACGGGCAGUCACGAUUUUAACCGUGGUCUUACCACAACUUCGUAGGUUUUGUGAUUCCUGUAUGUACCGUAUGUCGAGCAAUUACAAAGGGAGACAAUGCUACACAAGUCAUUCUAUGAAUGAGUUGCAGGUGCAAUGCUUUCAUCAGGUCACAAAGAACUAGUUGACUACAUGUGUUUCAUUAGUCGAUGAACUGAACUCGGUAGUGCAGUCAAAGUUUAAUCAUCAAAACCAAUUCUCUGGCUUAAUUACUGGAGACCAUGAUUGGAGUGUAGCAGUAGUUCACCAGCUCAUACUCCAUCAGUCCAGCUUGUUUCAGGACUUAAUGGGCAUAGUACAGCAUUACCUUAAUCUGAUUUCAUAUCCCUACUAACU